GUCCUCGAUCUCAGGGCCUUGUCCCCUCAAGCUUUCAAGACCUAGAAAUAGACACCUGGUCUGUCCUGUAAUCUUUGAUCUCUGAGGGUGGAUGGGGCAACAGCGGACAGAGGGAGGUUGACUUGGACCGGAAUCUGCCAGGUUGGAAGGGACCAGGACUGAAGAGGAACCUGUUUAAACGCCUACUGCGUUAGGUCUGUGGUGGGUGCUGAAGUAUAGCCUCGGCAACUGUGUGCUCCUCAUUGGGCUAGCACUGUCACCUCUGAAAUCCUCCUCGGACAUUCAAAUACCUGGUACAAUAGACACGCGACUUUAUCACCCGGCAGCAGAGGUUCCUCGGCUGUAGAGUGGCAGGCGGGCUAGCAUUGCUUUGAGGGUUCAGAUGCGUUGCUAAAGCCCCACAGUGUCUGGUGUGGGACCCAGGCUGAGUGCUUGCUCUUAUCUUCGUUCAUGACUGCAGAGUCCAGGCAGGGAGUCCUUGCCUCGUACGUACCUCUCGGCAGGCAUUUGUCAUCUGGGAAUUCACAUAAACUAUGAGGGGCCACCCUCCUUUGCUCUUAGUCUAUAUGGGAUUGGCCACCUGUCUGGACACCUUACCUCAUAGAGAGCAAAACCAAGACAUCUUCUUGGAUCCCCUGGAGGCCCAGAGUUUCCUAGUUAACCACAAGCGUUUUCCUCGAGCUAACCACUGGGACUUGGAGUUGCUGACCCCUGGGAACCUGGAACGGGAGUGUCUGGAGGAGAGAUGCUCUUGGGAGGAGGCCCGGGAAUACUUUGAGGACAACACAAAAACGGAACGCUUCUGGGAAAACUAUAAGUACAACGGCAAGGGAGGGCGUGGGCGCGUGGACGUGGCAGGCUUGGCAGUGGGACUGACCUGCGGCAUCCUGCUCAUCGUGCUCGCUGGCUUGGGAGCCUUUUGGUACCUGCAAUACCGACGGCGGCGGCGGCAUCACCUCGGAGUCCAGGAGUCCUGUCUGCAAGAGACCGUACUCAUCCCCCUGAGUCCCACGACGCCCCAGUCUCCACCCUUACCCCCAGGCCCCCCCACCUAUGAACAGGCGUUAGCAGCCUCUGGGGUACACGACGCCCCUCCGCCCCCUUACUCCAGCCUCAGAAGGCCUCACUGAAGACCUGCUCCGGAGCGCGGGCUCUCCGAACUGUGCCCCUGAUUCGUAGCGGAUUCCGGAAGUCGCCGGCUUCUCUGACCCCUGGGGCUUCAGUGUGUCCGUGGGCGAGUCAGGGUCGUCGGACCCUAGGUCUACGGUCACACACGUGUUUCCGCCGGGCACGGGUACACGCAUGCCCCUG